UUGCACUGUGGGAAAUAGUAGAUCUGUUCUGGAAAAUCUGCAUUUUUCUCUACGAUGAAAGUUUUCAAGGAUCAAAAUAAUAUGUUCUGUCACACAGAGCCAAUAAUUCUCGACAAAAAACAAGCUAUGAUCUCUCCGCGAUUUUCUCUUGUCACGGGUGUUUGAAAAACACACCUCCCUCCAAACAAAAUUGUUUUCGGCUAUCUUCGAUCAUUUCGAUUCUUGAGAACAAGAGCAUCUGCACAAUAUUAUUCUUAAAGCACAUAUAGUUAUUUUACAGCUUAUGAUCGGUCAAGAGAAUACCUACAUAUUUGUCUCUCUUUCAAUCAUUGUUGCUAUCAUUAUACCUCGCUCAUCACUCAACAUUGAUUUUGCUACAAUGACUAUGUUUAAACUAAAGAAAUGCUUCGGCAAACGCAAACAUCAAACUAUUUGCGAGGUGGCCGUCGUUCCCUCGUCCCCCGAACCUCAUAGYGCUGACGAUUCCCGCGAAGCUUCCAACGAGAUCGCCGAUACUUCCGAGCAGGAAUGCGAUGAUGAUCAGUGUGAUCAGGCCAUUCACCUGUCUCAUUCGACCACUUCAAGCACUGAUGCAUCCACAAUAGACACUCUUSMCGACGAAGAGAAUGAUGCCCGAACGCCAGAUUGCGAAAGAAAACCCGCGGCACUCUCCGCCAACUCCUCCCCGUUGUUGAUGAUAGGUUUAGACUCAAUGGUAAAUGUUGUGAGCUACUUAGACCCCAGAGAAACCCUCAAUCUGUUGACGAUGCCACUCUGCAAGCAAUGGCGCCUGUCAUAUACCUGUGACCAAGAAUUAUGGAGAACUAUUUGCUUAACGGAGCCAUUUUCAGCGGAUAUUCCCAGCUACAGCGCCUCCAACAGCAGCGACGGUUCCACCCCUCGCAUUAUCAGUUGUUACGAUGACAUUGACAACGAUUCGUCCAGUCCUCUAGAGAACAACAUGGACAACGUUUUUGGGGAGUUUCGUUUGAUCUUCACUAGUUUCGUUCGGUGCAUGAACUACCUAGAUCGAGUUCAAAACAUUAACGGUGGUGGUGGACGCAAGCUUUGGUCGGAGAGAAGUCACAACCGUGGAAGCAGUCACAGCUUUCCAACCUUCGGUGUUACCGAUUCGCUGAAAAAGUUUUUGAUCAAAAGGAAAGAACAUAACCAGUUGAGGUCGGUAAUUGGCAAUGGCAAGGGUGCUAUGUCUUCGAUACCCAUUGGUAUCUCAUCCGAUGGUCAGGAAAUCCAAGUAAGUGAUGCGCAUUCCCCAUUCAAUGAUUGUGAUUACGGAUGCCCGGAGUCCUCGCUAUGUCACUGUGUGAUUUUGCUGCGAAAUAUACGUGAGCUCUUUAGUUCGUGUUUCGGUAUUUCUCACUAUUUUCUUUGCACCGAUAGCCCUCUUCAAAGACGGAAACAAAAGUAAAGGACUUGGAGAAACCAAAGUAUGGGAAUUCAAUGAUCACAAGUCGACUGUUUUCUUCCCAUUUAAAUCUACCAAAAUCAUUUGCAAUAUACUCGAUUGUGAAUUGGAUGGUGGCACAUCCAAACGUAAAAGGGAUCCAGAUCAUGUGCAUUCAGGCCCUUCCUUCUCUUUUGGAAGACGAACAGCAACGCGUCACCGGCCAACGUGUGGGAUUGGUAGAAGUGAUACUGAGCGCAAUGAUGCGCUUUCCCGAGUGCGUGGAACUCCAUAUCGCGGUCUUUCACUCCAUUGUUUUGUUGGCGCGUCCACUCGGCGGACGGGAAGGAAUGCUCUUUGAUAAUUCCAUGGCCGACAGCACCCAAAGCAUUGGACUCACGUCUCGAAUUGAAUUGGCGGAUUCUGUUUCCUUGGCAUCGCGAUGUGGUGGACUUCCCUCCCUCGAAAGAAAAAAUCGUGGCAGCAAUACAUCAAGAAGUACCGGUCUCGCCAAUCACAGGUGUAUCAAUGUAACCGGAACUACCGGGGUUUCGCUACUAGUAGACUCCAUGCAAAGAUUUUCAUCCUGCGAGAAACUCCAAUCUAUGGCAUGUUGGGCGCUGGUAAAUGUCGCACUCGUUCCUGCACAAAAGAACAUGUUUAUGAGAAUCGGUGGCAUAGAAGCUAUUCUGAACGCUAUGGAGAUGCAUGAAAAAGUAUUUGAUGUGCAGUUCCGGGCAUUGUUUGCUCUCAUCAACCUGGUGGUUCCCUCCCGGCCCUCCGAUUUUGCGAUCGAUCGAAGCAUGAACGGCAUGGAAGCAACCCGCCUCGAGAAGGCCGUCCUGACCGAGUUUGGGCCAAAGAUCGCCCAGCUGUCGGUCACGGCCAUGAAAAACUUUUGCUCCAGCGAGACGAUUCUCAACCGCGGCUGCUUGGUUGUGCACAAUCUUUCACAAUCGCCCGCAUUUAUGUCAACGCUUCUGGAAACCCCCCACUGCUUUCAAAUCCUGGAGUGGUGUGUGACGAACCACUCUACCGACAGUGUCCUGAGACGAAGCGUUUCAAGUACAAUCGCAAGAAUGCAGAACUACCUCGACGAGCACCCAGAACAACAAGAGCGGUUCGCGGUGUCACUGGAACAGCAAAACCACGAAGUCCUGGAUCUGCUUUGGUAAAGACCGAUGGACAAAGAUAGCAACAGAGUCGAUGAUUCAUGUGUGAUACAACGAGACAAGCCAAUCCUCACCAGAAAGAGAGCACGAAGGAACAUGGUGUUGAAAAGCACGAUCGCUCCGCACAGAACUAUGUUCCCCAGAAUGCGACGCAUGGACGGCGUCGUUCAUGCACGCAAGACACUCGACUGGUUGGCAGCCAGAGACUACGAAGAACCCAAACGAAAUAGCUGGUCAAUCUCCCCGAAAAGGUCGAAAUCCCCUACAAGAAGCGAUGUGCAUUAAAUCAUACCGAAUCCAAGAACCCCUGCAAGCAAAAAAUGAUUUCGACGAUGCGCGUUGCCGAGAUGGUUUUCGAUGAUAUACGCAUAAAAAAAAAACAUCCAUCUUGAUCGUCCUCUCCCAAAAAAUAGCGAAUCCCUCUCUCAAUUUGUACAAACACGAGGGAAGCAAAGAAUCCUAUAAAAAUAAACUUCAAAU